AUGGCAAUAACAAAUCUACUAGAGCAACAUCAACAAAACGGAAGUCCGGGUGAAGCAGGAUCUUAUCAUACGUCCAAAACUAAGAUCGUAUUAGUUGCGAUCUUAUUUAUGAUCUCAUUGGCCCUGUUUGUGAUGCAAACCGAACUCACAUCCCAAGCAUAUUUGCUUAAUUUUGAAGAACCGCUAAUAUUAUUAUUGGUCACUCAUGGAUCUUGGUGGUUAUUUUGGCCAAUUCAAAUCAUUUCAAUCUCGUUAUUUAGAACCUUUCAGAAAUAUAAAAAAGAUCGUGGAGGAACUAAUAGAGAUCUGCAUCGACAGGCACAUUACCAAAGAUUAAGUUCUGAAAGUCAACUAUUAGAGGGGGGUGAACAUGGCGGCAGUGCCACAACAAGCUACUUCACAUAUUUCAGGAACUGUAUAGUCAAGCAAUUUCAUAAUAUUUAUCAUACAUCAAUCUUAAUCUACCAAGGGAAUGUCAAGGGCGAUAGGACAACCAUUCACCUUAAUCACCUAAUUGAAAACAGUGAACAUAUCCCCCAUUCAAGUUCAAUUUCACAAUGCGUCAGAGCAUUCUUCAAAACUGAUUCAAUCAAAUAUGUUCUAAUCAAAGCAUUUAUAAUCACUACCGUACUUACCGUGGCUGGUUUUACAUGGUAUGGAGCAAUGUCAAUGACAUAUGCGGCUGAUGUGACUGCUAUUUAUAAUUGUUCGGCGUUUACAGCAUAUGCAUUUGCUAUCCCAUUGUUGAAUGAGAGGUUUUCGUGGUUGAAGGCAAGCUCCGUGAUUAUUGCAAUUACGGGAGUGUUUAUUGUGGCAUAUUCCGGUGCUGAUUCCAAGACAGAAGACGAGACUCUUUAUCCAUACCGGUUUUGGGGAAAUUUACUUAUACUUAUCGGGGCAGUAUUAUAUGGAUAUUAUGAAGUGUUGUAUAAGAAAUAUCUUUGUAUUCCUUAUCAUUUAACUAAGAUAAUUACUCCAAGGCGUCAACUGACAUUUGCGAAUUUUAUAAUGGGAUUAUUUGGUAUUUUUACAUUUAUGAUUGUUUUAACAUUAAUUAUAAUCGGUCAAGUAUUUCAUAUUCAUAAUUUCAAUUUCUUUAAUUAUGGUGAAAAUACAAGACGGAUUUGGAUUUAUAUUUCCGGAUCUAUGAUAAGUAAUGUUUUGUUCAGUGCUUCGUUUUUAUCACUUAUGGCAUUAACAAGUCCAGUGCUUUCAUCAGUCAGUUCUUUGUUGACUAUUUUCUUAAUUGGAAUUGUUGAAUGGUGGGUAUUUGGAAAUAAAUUAGGAUUCCAACAAUUAUUUGGCGAUUUACUUGUGAUUAUUGGGUUUGUUAUGUUGACUACUGCGUCAUGGAAUGAGAUUAGUGAAGGAAAUGAAGAGGAUGAUGUUGAAGAGGUGAGUACUUAUUCAUUCGCUUUAAGUACUGAAGAUAAUGUUACAUUGUAG